AUGGGAAUUGCUGGUCUUUGGCCCUUAGUCGAACCAACUUGUCAACCAGUAUCGCUGGAGUUUUUGGAGGGGAAGAUUUUGGCAGUUGACGUUUCGAUAUGGAUCUAUCAAGCACAGCUAGGCUAUCCCGGAGACAUUCGAUGUCCUCAUCUUGCAUUGCUGGUCUCACGUUUGUGCAAACUUCUUUACUACAAAAUAAGACCUGUCUUCGUUUUCGAUGGCGAAGGUGUACCGGUUUUCAAAAGCAAAGUUUUGGGUGAAAGGCGUCUCCGUAAACAUGCUGAAGACAUCGCCCUCACUCAAGCUAAGAAACGUCAUCUACUGGACCUUGCAUCAGGUUCUCAAACACAGUCAGAGAUUGAGGCUGUAAAAAACAAACUUACCGCAGCUUCUAACAAACGCCAGCGAUUUGAGAACGACCUCUUCGACAUUUUGCCGCCCACUACUGCCGAAGUUGUCGAUCUGAGUUCCGACGACGAGGACAUCGUUGUAGUUGGCGAAAAAAAGGCCGAACCUGAGGAUAUUCCACCUGCGCGAGUGAUAGAUUUCUUGAUGGAGGAGCGGGAAAGGAUUCGAGCAUCUCGACUCAAGCCGUCGCAGAUCCCUUCUGACUCAAAGACGUUCAGCAAUUUCCAACUGCAACGACUUCUUGCUCGAAGUCAGAUAAACAAUCAAAUUCAGCAUCUUUGCGAGAAUCGCGACUAUGAUCUACCUAAAGAAUUUCUACCUGAUUCUUAUUCCCAGCACCCACUCUUUGCUCUUGCUGACAACGAAGAUGAGGGAUCGUCCAGUGAAGACUCCGGUGAUGAAGAGUUUUAUAGCAAAACGGCUAUGAUAGAAGACUUGGCAAAGCGUAACGCUGGUCAUAGGAAAGCUGACGCAGUCAUACUUCGAACAGAUGAUUGGUCAUCCGACUCUGGUACCGAUGACUUUAUUGAUGUUCCAUCUGACCCAUUGGUGGAACAGUUUCUUAAUGAUGAAAAGGGGAAGACGUCAUUGCCUGAGCAGAAACCACAGCCGUCUACAUCUGCUGAUGCCGAAGAAGAUUGGGAGCCAGCACUAGAUGAUGACGUGGAAUGGUUGGAGCGCAAGGGUCAAGGCGAUGUUGAUCCUAUACGUACUCGAGACACAGAAUGCUAUAAAGAUCUACAGGACUUUCUGACUGCUUGCGGUUUCCCGUGGGUUGAAGCACCAGGUGAAGCCGAAGCUCAGUGUGUUGAACUCGAGCGACUAGGAUUAGUGCAGGGAGUGGUAUCAGAUGACAGUGAUGUGUGGGCUUUUGGUGUAAGAAAUGUCUAUCGACAUCUUUUUUCUAAGAACAAGAACGUUCAGAAGUAUGAGUCGCGCAUUGUGCGGCAGUCGUUAGGACUCUGUCAGUCAGAUUUUGUCGGGUUAGCUUUGAUCUCCGGUGGUGAUUACUCUCCUGGCUUAGCUGGGGUAGGCAUCGUCAGCGCACUAGAAUUACUUUCUGAAUUUGCUGUGAAGCGAAACACCGAUUCAGCCGCAGACCAAGAAGCUGAGACCCUUUCUACGCUCAUAAAUUUGAACGAGUGGUUGUUGACCCUCGAAUCUGACGCUCCACCACCUGAACCUGUGGCUACGCGAAGAAAACUACGUGCUUUGAUCAAAAAGAAUAACGAUUUUGACAGAAUCAAAUCUAUUGUAAACCCCGAUAUUGUCACAGCUUACUUCCGACCAAAUGUGGAUAGAUCUGCAGAGAAGUUUCGUUGGAGAAAGGUAGAUAUUGAGAAAGUGCGUUCACUUCUUUAUGCCAGGCUUGGAUGGGAUGAUGAGAAAUUCGACAAACAAACAUUGGUCGCAUUUCAAAGAUGGAACGACUUUAUCUUGGGCAAAGCGUCCUAUCAACGCCACAUUACUUCGUAUACUCACACAUUGCAGCAGUCUCCUGAGGAGCAACGAACGACUCUGACAAAGCGAGUUGAAACUGCUUUGACGAAAUUAGCUAAAAGAACUGGUUCUUCCUCAUCUCUAGCGGAAAUGGCGGCAAGAACGCAACAGCUUCCGGCGAAGACUACCUUAAAAAAGAAAGGACGAAAGUCAAAGAAAGGUGCCCAGCGUAAAUCAGGUUCUGAAAGUCCAAAGGAACUCGUACUUUCUGAAGAAUCCGAAUCCGAUUGAAUGUCACUGUCUGAUCAAUUGUCACCUCACUUUUUCCCUUGCAUGUACCUUGUAUUACUGUGUUGAAUCUGUAUAUAUAUAUAAAACUCAAAAAUUUC